CCGACGAAAUACUUUGUUUAUCAGAAGCAGAAAGUGUCAAGAAGCUAUUUAACCUUCUGUGCUUUAAAUUAAUGUUACUGCAACAAACGUCGCUAGCAGUUAACAUUGUUAGAGUUAGCUAGAAUGGCUUCACAGAAAACUGGUUUAAUAUUGUUACUUUGUGGUAUAAGUGUUAUCAGUGGUAGAAAUGCGGGACAAGUUGUCAGAACACCUGACGGUUAUCUUGUUAGUAAGACGCCAGCUACCUGGAAAGAAGCUUUUGUAUUUUGUGCACAGAAUGGAAUGGAUUUGGUUUCAAUCACUUCUGCAGAUGAAUUUGCAGCUGUAAUUGAAGCGCUAUUGAGUUCAAAAAUCAAUCAGCGUGGUUUUUGGACUUCUGGGACUCGCUUCGGGAACGGUGGGAAUGCUUUCGUAUGGUUCUCUACAGGAAAACCAGUCGUAUUCUCAGCGUUUGCAAACGGACAACCAGACAAUUAUAACAAUAAUGAAGAUUGUAUUGAAGUUCUGUCAUACUCGAAACCAGGAACCUGGGAAUGGAAUGACUAUCCUUGUACAGAGCGACGUGGAUUCAUUUGCCAAGAACGUAUUUGUUAGAAUUGUUAUUGUUUCUAAGCUUUAAGAUACAACUUGUUGUUUUAGUGUCUGACUGGAGAUAUAAACGUAAAUGCAAGAAGCUUUGCAAAUAAAAAUUAUUCACAUGCUGAGGAUUAAUAUGUUAUUACCCAUAUCAUAUUUUCUUCUAACUAUCAAUAAAGUGAUUCAUUGAA